CUUUGUCAUCCUUCAGAAUUCUCAGAUCUGAUUGACAGUGGGCAGGCACCUUGUCUUCAUCCACCUUUGGGGCCCCCUGGUUUCCCAGCAUCUCCUCCUCCCUCCUUCCCUUCCUUCCUCCCAAUCGCCUCGCGCUCGGCCGCCACCCCAGGGUUGCGCAGCCCGCUCGGGUAUUCCCUUAGUCGGGCGUCGGGAGUCUCAGGUUCUCCUUCCUCCGGUCCGGGCGCGCGCGGGGUCCCCGGGGGACCCCCACCGCAGCCGCGUGCUCCUUUGUGCGACCGAUCCGCGCGCGGGCGGCGCUGCGUCAAGGCGGAGGCGCAUCGGCGCGGCCCCACGCGCACUCCCGCGCGCGGCCCCCGGGAACGGCAGGAAGGAGGCGGCGCGCGGAGGCGGGAGGCACAGAGCCCAAUCGCCGAUCCCCCGGCCGCGGCGCCGCCUCCGCCAUUGCUGUGCGCGGGAGCGGGCGACGCGGAGCCUCGGAGCGCGCUUGGAGCCCAGAUCUUCCGGAGCCGGGCGUGGGGCCGCAGCCUCGUGUCUUUCGCAACCAUGGUGAAGUUGGGGAACAAUUUCGCAGAGAAGGGCACCAAGCAGCCACUGCUGGAGGAUGGCUUCGACACCAUUCCUCUGAUGACGCCCCUCGAUGUCAACCAGCUGCAGUUCCCACCCCCAGAUAAGGUCGUGGUGAAAACUAAGACUGAAUAUGAACCUGACCGCAAAAAAGGAAAAGCGCGUCCUCCCAAGAUAGCCGAGUUCACCGUCAGCAUCACCGAGGGUGUCACCGAGAGGUUUAAGGUCUCUGUGCUGGUCCUCUUUGCCCUGGCCUUCCUCACCUGUGUCGUCUUCCUGGUCGUCUACAAAGUGUACAAGUAUGACCGCGCCUGCCCUGAUGGGUUUGUCUUGAAGAACACCCAGUGCAUCCCAGAAGGCUUGGAGAGCUACUACACGGAGCAAGACUCCAGUGCCCGGGAGAAAUUUUACACUGUCAUAAACCACUACAACCUGGCCAAGCAGAGCAUCACCCGCUCCGUCUCGCCAUGGAUGUCAGUUCUGUCAGAAGAGAAGCUGUCUGAACAGGAGACCGAAGCUGCAGAGAAGUCAGCUUAGCGAGCGGGGCAGGUUCCUUAUAAUGUGUCACUUGAAGGCAACAAGGGGACUUUGAGGGACAUUUCAUUAAAUAUAAUUACCGAUAAUUUAGAGAUUACUCAUUUACGGUGCAAUUGCUUCUGUUUGCUAAUGCUGCUUUGCAAAUAAAACUUGCUGCGGACCACCCACAGGCGUAAGAACAAGAGCAUCUCAGCCCUGCUUAGAGAGCUGGAUGCCACUGUCCAUGCUGAGGAGUCUUCAUUUAGCUCCUUCCCUGGGAUUCACUGGAUACUGUCAAAAGGUAAUCGGCACUGACUAUGCUAGGGGUCUGGCCAUCAGAACAGUGCGUUUGGUGGUUUCCUGUUUUCGUUUUUGCCCCUUUGCUAUCUGCAGACCUUACUCCAUAGCCAUAUCUAGAGUGAUCCUGUGCUUUCACUGGCGGCAGUGCUGUCAACAUGCACUGUUGAGCAGCACAGAGAAGGGGAUGUGGGCGCCACAACGCCGCCCUGCCAGGCAAUUCUGGGAGGUUCUCUUUGGUAUGGCCCCUGAGCAGAGCACAAGGAUGGGGUGGGGAAGGGCUGGCUCUGGGCCAGGGGGUCGCCGAGCCUGUUUCUCUGUGGGUGGGCUGUCUGCUGGUAAUGUGCUAGGUAGGAAGAAAGCCCACUGGCUCUUUUCUUUCCCGUUAUGAAUAUAUUUGCACGUACAGCCCUGAAUGCAGGUGCAGUUUGUUUUUUUGUUUGUUUGUUUUAUUAGCCAGUGGGCAAAGUGAAAUGUAAUUUUGGGUAAGCCAGGGCUACUUUAGCUUUUCUUCUGUGAACAGAUGUGACUCCUGUGCUGUGGGAAGGGGCAGGCCGGCUGGUGGGGGGCUGAUGUGGCACCUUGCAAAUAGAAUAUCUAAGUCCACAAUCUUUGUAAGAAAAGUAUGUUUAUGUUUCAAUCUGAAUCUUGACAUUAAAGUAUAUGUUUACAAAAUCACCAGUAGGUAAACUAAAUGUGUAAGACAAUUAAAUAGAAAAAGCUAUUCCUGAUUGUUUUCUUCCAUGUUCUCAGAAUGUGUUAUUUCUGGUGGGCAUGUCAGAAGUCUCGGUGUUCUUUAUUAGGUCAGAAAUAAAUGGCAAAUAGUCUGAGACCUUUGUGAAUAAGCAUGGUGGCCACCAUCAGCGCCACUGCUGCUUCCUGAGGUGUGCUACUGAGACAACAUUAUUUAUUGUUGAGGUGUUCUAAAACAAAGGCCAUGAGCUCAGUACAGGGGGAGGGGUCACACAGUCAUGAGCUUGAAGUGCACUGGGAAACUGCCAGGAAUGCGGAAAGAGCAAUACACGUGCCAAAACUUGUCUGUAGAGGGAUCCGACUCACGGGCCGUGUGCGUGCGGUAGGCAGGCCCGCUGUGUUUUCUAACGUAGCCCUUUACCCACUGUGAACUCUCCCAAUGUAACUUCUCAUGUUCACUCUACAAAUAAAGAACUUGUGGGUACCUAAGCCGC